CAUCGCUCUCCUUUGAUCAUAACUUCAUAACUUGAUCUCCUUGACUCUCAAAAACAAACAUCUUCCAUCGAUCCACCAUCAUCGCCAAGAUGAGCAAGGAGGCGACCGUUUUUGUCCUCGAUCUUGGAUCGACAAUGGGUGAUUGUCAUAAUGGUCGGGUUGAGAGCGACCUUGACUACGCCAUGAGAUAUGUCUACGACAAGAUGGCAGACACUAUGUCCUCAACAAGAACUACAUUGAAUACAGGUGUGAUUGGCUUCCGAACUAACGUGACAAACAACCCUCUCGAUGAUGGAGACGAAGGAUAUAACAAUAUAUCCGUGCUUCAACCACUUGGAACUCUCACCAUGCCACUAUUCAACGACUUGAAAGCUAAGAUAACUCCAAGUCAAACAGAAGCCGGUGAUGCUAUAUCGGCAAUCGUUGUUGCUGUGCACAUGAUUGAGAAGUAUACUAUGCUCAAGAGUGGCAAGCCAGGAAGUUAUGUUCGAAAAAUCAUUCUUGUGACAGAUGGCCAGGGAAGGAUGGAUGAUGAACUCCUCGAUGACAUAGCUACCAAGAUCAAUCAGAUGGGUAUCCAUUUGACCGUUAUGGGCGUUGAUUUUGACGACGCAGAUUUUGGCUUCAAAGAGGAAGACAAAUCUAUUAUCAAGCAAGAGAAUGAAAAGCUCACAAGGGGGUUCGUAGAAAAGUGCAACAACGAUUCUAUCGUCGCGACUGCUGCAGAAGUCAUCGAGUCUCUUUCCACACCAAAAGUCAAGGAGGUCAAGUCAAUUCCUGUAUAUCAGGGUCGCCUCUGUCUUGGAGAUCCCGAGAAGUAUCCCGAAACAGCCAUGUACAUCGACGUCAAAAGGAGUUUUUUCACGAAGGCUGCAAGACCGGUCUCUGCCAAAAGUGUUGUUAUCCCGCUUGGUGCUGCAAGUACCCAAUCAUCCCAUACCCUUCCGGGCGAUGUGGAAAUGACGGAUGCCCCACCAACUGGCGAUGCUUCUGAUGUCAGGACCGGAAGAUCGUAUAAAGUCAAAGACCCCACGUCUGACCUGGGCGAGAAAUUCGUUGACUAUGAGGAUCUUCAGAAGGGGUAUGGAUAUGGCCGGACGGCAGUCCCUAUCAGCGCAUCCGACGAAAAUGUCACGAAGCUGGAGACGUUCCAAAGCUUCUCGAUCAUCGGGUUCAUUCCCACAGACAAAUACGAGCAAUAUUUUACAAUGGGCGAGAGUGGCAUAACAAUCGCCCAACAGGUCAAUGACAAAGCUCGCGUGGCUCUCUCUUCUCUCGUUCACGCUCUGUUCGAAUUGGAGUCUUAUGCUGUGGCGAGGCUUGUAAGCAAAGACGGAAAAGACCCUCAAAUCCUACUUCUAGCACCUUACAUCGAGAACCAUUUAGAGGCAUUGAUUGAUGUGCCAUUGCCUUUUGCCGAGGACAUUCGCAUGUAUAGGUUUCCACCAUUAGACAGAGUCAUCACCGCAUCUGGUGCUACUCUUGAGACACAUAGGUAUCUGCCUUCGAGUGAUCUUGAUGACGCUAUGAGUGAAUACGUUGACAGCAUGGAUCUGUCUACCUUUGACAAGGAUGAUGAAGGCAACCCCACCGAAUACAUGAAGAUCGAAGACACAUACUCACCCAUAGUUCAUCGCAUUCUUCAAGCAAUCCGGCAGAGAGCUAUUUAUGGUGGGCCUGUCGAACCUCCUGCCGAGAUUCUUACGAAGUGGUCUGAACCUCCUGCAGAGCUUGCAAUGAAGAGCACUGGCAGACUCGAGAAGCUUAUUUCCGUUGCCGACGUCAGGAAAGUGCCACCCAAGGUCAAGGGGACGAGAGGUCGACGAGAGGUCAUCGCGCCACUAUCUGGCCUUGAUAUCGAAUCGUUGCUAGUCAAGAAUAAGCCAAAUAAGAUCUCUAAGGAGAAUGCUAUUCCCGACUUCCGGCAAAUGCUUGCGGCAGCCGACAAGGAUGAAACGAUAUCCGACGCUGUUAAGGGCAUGUCUGAGGUAAUUAAAGAUCUUCUUCAAGUCACUGGAGACGCCAAUGAUCAGCGAUGUCAAGAAAACAUCAAGGUCGUGCGUGAAGAAAUGAUCGAUUACGAGUUUCCGGAGUUCUACAACAAUUUCAUUAGAGACUUGAAGAAGCGAGUUUUCAAGAAGGAAUUUGGCAACAAGAGAGAGUUCUGGCAAACAAUCAGACUUGCUAAGCUCGGCCUGAUUGAUAGCACUAUCAUUUCAACGUCAGAUGUAUCGCCAGAGGAAGCUACAGAGUUUCUUUCUAUACCCACCGAAUUGCCCACUAGGAGGCGGGAGAGUUGAGUGUAUAACACGUAAGAAUUUGUAAUUUUUGCUAUGAGAGUCGAGAUAUCAUGGUGUGCGUACAACUUGAGUAAUGACUAGCGAAAUUGGGCGGGCACGGUGCAAAUAAAAGCGAUUCAUUUCGGGACUUGUUCGUACUUGAACUGUAGGAUGGUAUUGUAAAUGUAGAUGAGUGUGAAUAUCAAAGUGUGCU